AUGGGCUUCUUCAAACACCUCCACGCCAAGCCUUCCCCCGCCAGCUUCAAUGGCACUCCAAUCAAGCCGAGUGAAGCCUCUUGUGUCACCUCACGUGACAUCUCAGGUGGCGGUUCAAGUGAUAGUUCCAAUGGCAGUGCAGAGAGCAGCUCAAGUGGCUAUCUAAGAAAUGGUAUCGGAAACGUUACAAGUGCUGCAGCAGACAGUGCUUCAAUGGAAAGUGCUGCAGCAGAGAGUGUCCUAGGCGAGUCAGACUGGGUGAAGAAGCUCGGGUGCCACGGCCCUCCCUGCCCCUCCUUUGGCUCAUGCACCGCCCGCUUCCCCAACGUGCAGGCCUGCUGGAACCCCCACCUCGUGGACGAACCCGAGACUGAAAUCGCCCCUCCUAUGAACUGCCCUUAUAAAAAUGAUAGCAUCGCGUUGGAGAAGUGGAGGAAGGGAGCGGGGUCGGCCCCGUUUGACAAGACGUGCUCGAGCCGGAGAGAUUUCAACCCGCGUGUGGCGAGCGCGCUGCAGGUGAUGCGGCUGGAGGAUGUGUUUAUGACGCACAACGGGUCCAUUCUCAACCGCACGCACGUGUUCGUGAGGAACGGGUGUGGGCGCUUCCCUAGAACGGUUAAGUAUGAGGCGAAUCACAUGGUGCACCAUGUGCCAACCGUGUUCAACUAG